GUCAAAGCUAUUGACACGUAGAAUUUUCACUAUUGACAGAAUAUCCGCUUGGUGGCGCUACUUGGAGUGACCCAUAAAUAUGACAUCGAUUUUCAUUCCGAUGUCUUGGCCUUUUAUUACUAUACAGAAUCAGGAGAAAGCAAGGAAGCAACCUACAGUCUGGAGAAAAUUUCAGAGAUUUUUUUGACAGCUAGUAGUUCAAAAGUAUGACCACAGAUGGCGUGAAUAACAUAAACAAAAGCAAGGAAGCAACCUAGAGUCUGGAGAACAUGAACAAUUAUGGGUGGAAGCUAACGAAUUAGCAAAAGAAUGGGCAAAUACGUUAACAAAUCUACCGAUUCCGGCAUUCCAAGGCCAACUGAACGCCAUGAAACACUUGAUCGAGUGUGCGAAAAAUAACACCACAAUCAACUUCAACGAAAAGAUCAUACCAACAGAAGAGAAAGAGGCAACCAACCUUGUGAAUGAGCCAUUUAUGCCAAUAGCCAUACCAAAUUCCACUGCAUGCGAAACACACGAACAACUAGCUUUAAACAUAGAAGACGAUAUCACGAAAAUGGCGAAAGAACUAAAUUCCAAUCAGCAUAAUAUAGAUGAACAAAAGCUAAUGGAAACAGAGGUUCAACAAAUCACAGAAGUAGUGAAUGAACUCGUAGUCGUACCUGACGUCAACAAAAAAAAGAGUGAAAGAUUGAAGAAACUAAAACAAUUGAAACUUGUAAACAUAAAAAGACGACAGGGUAAACCAAGAACAACUAAAAAGCUUGAUAAAUACAAGUACAGUCCCAAACCAUUCCUGAAAAAAAAAAAUCACACGAGAAAAAUAGAAUGUUUCUUUCAUGGAUAACAGGAAAAGAGAAAGCUAACUACCUGUUACUCAACCAACAAAAAGCUGAUCGAAAACAUCUCACCCAUGCCACCCAAAUGAGUACAGCAGUUAUCGAAGAUGAUGUACAAAGCGUAUUACAAUCAUUUGAAAACCUAUUCACUGAAGAAGGAUGGAAACAACUAAUGACAAACAGUAAAAAUAAUCUUAUCACUAAUUUAAAAAGAUACUAUUCAAAUUUAUCACUAGUUCAUGAACGAAAUCAAACAACACUGGAAUACAUCUGUCCAACUUGCCGCAAACCUGAAGGCACC